GGAAUUCAAGCUGAAGAGGAUGCUGGGUGUGACAGCGAGGUAUGGCUGCACAUCAGUGACAGAGAAAAAUGGAACCUCAAUGUCCUCAUAGCUGGUUUUGGUGCUUCAGUCUUGUCAUAGAUUGCUUGAGGGGACCCUGUCCUCACGUGUGAGGUAGGACUGAGUAGAAUAUGCGCCUUCAUGUCUGAUUCUUAAUUUUCUUUGAAGAAAGCCAGAAGUAACAGAUGAGCAGUCUGUGUGGAUUGCUGUGUGUGUGCACGUAAAAAGCGCCGAGAAUCUCAGUCAGGCAGGGCAAAAAGAAAGAGGGGAUCCUGGAUGGGACAGAAAUAGUGCUUUUCAGCAGAAUCAGCGCACUGUGGGCUUCCCAGCCCUGCUACGAGACGAUACAACCAGCUCUCCUGCCUCACGGGUUGACGCCAUGGGGAGCAGCUACAAGUAUACUGUGUCUGGGUGGUGACCCAUCGUACUACAACUCCCAGCGUGCACCUCGGCCCUCCCGCGCGGGGCACGCGGGGCUGUAGCGGCGCGCUGCACGCUGGGACUUGUAGUCGGUAGCUGAGGGCGGGCGCUCCGCUGGGGCGGCUGCUGCCGGCCGGCCAAGGAGCGGCCGGGAGGGCCUCGGGACGGCGGAGCGCCAUGCUGGAAUCCAUCCGUGUCACCGAAAAACUUCACUGGCCUAAGCAAGAACUUUCUAAGAAAUCCAUCCUGAGUCCAGAAGAACAUAAACUGAAUAUCAAUAAUGAAAAAAGCCUCCAGCAUCCAUCUCCUGGGGUCCUUAAGGACAUUUUUACAACAGGAACCAGUAGCUACAACGUCCUUCUGCAGAGCAAGGAAGAGAAGAAGCACCAUGCUCAGAAGCAGUCACCUGCUCACCACAAGAAACACAGAAAAGCUACAAAGUGCUCCAGCACCUUGCGAAGCAGUGAGCACCGCAAAAUCAAGGUCCCCCUGCCCUUGCUCAGCAGUGGGUGGUACUGCUCAGACCAACAGCCUUCUGUCCUCAUCUCCAGCCCCAUCUCUAAUGGCGUGAAGCUUGCAAACAACAUUUCAGCUGCAGGGAAUGGCAUAGGACUGCCACCUCGACCCAGAAGUAGAGCUAAGAGGCACUGUAAUCAGACAAAACCAAAGCAAUCUCCAUCAUCAAAAAGCCAUGGGAAAGAGGGAGAUGAUUCCGGUCGAAAGCUCUGUUUGCUAACUGCAAUCAAGCCUUCCAACGUGGAGAAAGAGAAAAUGAAGUUCUUUAAGUCAGAUUUCACAUACAAUCCUCAGUUUGAAUAUGCAAACCCUGCUUUGCCAAACGUAUUAGCUAAGCACAGCCAAGCAUCUGACAGAUUUCUUAAGCAGUCCAUUAACAUCAUGGAGCGGACGCUGCAGAAAUAUGGAAGCUAUGAAAAGUUUGAACAGGCCACCGGUGGCAGCUUGCUGACCAAAAGCCGUAUCUGGAAUCAUGUUAGGAAAUACAUGGUGAAGGAAGGCUGUCUUGGUGAGAUUGUGGUCCAUCUCACGGAGGACCUGCUUUCUCGAGCCUCAAUGACAGUGGUGAAUGGCCGCCCCACUCUCACUAUCAAUAUCUCCACUGCGAGAGAGCACUGGCUGGAAGGGAUGCUGAGACAUGAAAUUGGAACUCAUUAUUUUCGGGGUUUUAACAACAAUAGCCAGCCUUGGUGCAACUGGAACGGACGUAGAAAACAUGGGUUGAAACCAAUCAACCCUACAGAAGAAGGGCUGGCAAGCAUUCACAGCGUCCUGUUCCGCAAAGACCCUUUCCUUUGGAGGGCUGCCCUGCUCUACUACACUGUCUAUCAGGCCAGCCAGAUGUCCUUCAGUCAGCUGUUCCAGGACGUGGGGAAAUUUGUCCAGGAUCCCAAUACCAGGUGGGAUUACUGUGUACGAGCCAAGAGAGGCUGGACUGACACAUCACAGCCAGGCUGUUUCAAUAAGGAUCAGGUGUACUUAGAUGGCAUCCUCCGAAUCCUGAGAUAUAGGGAGUCCAUUGAUUUCCACCUUCUGACAGCACUUGGCAAGAUCUCAUAUGAAGACGUGGACCGUCUGAAAGGGUUGGCUGUGAUUGAGAACAUGAGGGUACCACACUUCCUGCAAGACCAUGCCCGGUAUAUGGAGCACUUGGAAAAGAUUAUGGAGGUCAAUGAGCUGACUGAUGAGGAGCUCCAGGAUCUCAUAGACUAAGAAUACCAGCCAGCUGCUCAGCCUGUGCAACUGAGGAUAUGGAACUGGAUUUCUGAGAGCUUGCAAAAAUGGACUUACCAGGGGUGGAGCAGGAGGAAAAGGCAGCCAGAGUAUGUGGAAUUCAGAAAAAGUCCCUUUGUGUUCCUUUUGCAUUGUGACUGUAUACUAAUGAUUUUUUCAAAGAGUCUGUGCAUAUUUUAGUCUGGUUUAGGAAUCCCUUUGCAGUGACCUGUCCAGCCACCUGCUCUGCUUUGCGGGCUAGGCAUAAUGCUUGUCACUUUCUCUUGUGAUAUACUGCCUUUUCCCAUCCAGAUUUAGAGGUGGAGGAAAGGAGAAAGAGGGGAAAUUCCCCUUUUGUCUACUCAUGUACCCUUUGCCUUUGGUCAUCUUUCACAGCUUGUAGAGAUAGCACUGUUGUAGUUAUGCUACCUCAUUGUCUGUGUGACUCUUUCUAAUUUGUCAUCAUUGCAACAAGAAGUUUAAAGAAAUGAUCACAGUGCACAGAAGCAGGUCUUUGUGCACCAGCUCUGUAAUACCAUUAAAAAGUUGUUUGUUUUUUUUUUAUUAGGAGAUUCAGCUUUAAAGAAAAAAAAGAAAGAAAAAAAAAGACAGGUAUUUGCUGUUUUGAUGACUGCAAACAGGUAGCAAAAUGAUCUUUUUUAUUAUUCCCCCAGAUUGUUACUGUUCCACAUCUCUGUAUAGUACAUGUUUAGGAAGCUGAGUCCUGGAAGGGUCUCUCUCCUUUGAGGACAAGUGUAUCAGGGCUAGUAAGUUCUAUAGGGCAGCAUUUUGGAAGAAAGCUUGGGCAGAACUAUGAUUUUGUGACUUUUUUUUUUAUCAAUACGUUCAGGAACGUAGGGACAUAAGUCAGCAGGCAGCACUCACUUCUUUUUUGGGUCUCCAGAGCCUACAGAGCAUCAAGUCACUUUUUGAGCAGUAUCAGGCCUCAGUGCUACAGUAAAGUUGUGCUCAUUGCAGAAAUGAGAUGUGGAAGGGGAGAAGAGCAGACUCACAAGUGCCCUGUUCCUGUGUUCCUACAGGACUGCUGCACCACUUUAAGCAAACUUACCUCUGUUUUAUCUGCCGGUGCUAUAUCCAGAAACAGGUAGAGAAAGUGUGUUUCUGUGAGGCACUGCUGGCCACAUGAUAGAUAGCUUCGAUGACAGAGGAGGGCUCACUGCAUAAACCACAUUUUCUGAAUUCAGAGUAUGAUGGAUUGUUGAGGCCAGCUGAGUUUUGCACCUGUAAGUACUUUGAGAACCAGUUUGGUUUUAGUAGGCAGCAUUUUAGCAGCGCUCCUCUGAGCUCCUGGGGAAGCAGCUGUGAUGCAGGAGGCUGUGCAGGAAGAUGGGAGCUCCCAGAAGGCUUCUGCCAGUUCUUCCCCUUGUGCUGUGACCCACAGAUAACAGGCCCAGCACUGAAUAAGACAAGUGGAGACAAGGUUUCCUCCACAGGGGCUCAGAGGUCUGAAGGUUUUUGAGUGACCCCAUGAAACCAGCUGCCUUUUGGGCAGCAUGGCAGGUGUGCUCACAGCAGCUGGCUCACAACUGCUUCAGAAAACAGAAUGUGUUCAACAAGCAUAAAUUUACUAAAUUUGGUUAUUUUCAAGGCAGGGACCAAGAACCCCUCACAGUAGCCUUAAUUUUAUAUUGUUAGUCUUGUUCACUACCUGGAAGCCUUUCAGCCUCUGUGUGCAGAAAUAAAAACCUUUUUUUUUCCUUUUCUUUUACAAGUUUGAUCACUUGUAGCUUUGCCUGCCCAGCUUUGAUGAAGAACCAAACCCAGCAGAUGUAGCAUUGCAGCAGCCCUGUGGGAACAAUCAGCAGUCCUGCACCCACGCUCUCCAGAUACUGGCUUAUUUGCUGGAAGCAGCAAGAAAGCCAUGCAUGGCAGGGGUCGAGUCAAAGAUCACAGCCAAAAGGCAGCUUCAGAGCAAAUUAUGUGAUUGCAGAGAACUGGGCUCACUGUGCUGAUCCAGGGGAACCUGAGGGCCACUCCUUUGUGAAGGGGACAGCUUUGAACGGAUAUUUUCAUAACUGUAGAUAAUUCCUUAUCAAUGCAAUUCUACAUCAAGUGUCCCAGUAGUUGUGUGUUACAAAGUAAGGGUAUUACUGUCACAGGUCCUUGGAAGCAGGAGACUGUGCCAGCUUCCAUGCAGUGCUGCAGCACUCCCUGCUCACAGCUUUUCCUCCAGCAGCCCCUGGGCUCUGUCACUGCACCACCAGAUGUUCCUGCAGCCAUAGAUGCUUUCCUUCAGGACCUGUGUCCUGUCUUUUCCAGAGCAGUAGCUAUCAUUGGACUUCUGUUCUUUGUUAUCCUAGAAGUAGGUUUGCCUAGAGCAAGGUUAGAGUCUGGAAGUGGUCUGUAUGAAGAUGUUACCUUACCAGCAGGUGAGAAACCUGUCCGCUUCUGUUUUCAACACUUAUUUGUCCUUCCUCCUUUGUAAAAGCGGUUCAAAUUUUGAAGUGUACCUUUUGUAAGUUUUCCUGAUAUUAUUUUUUUUCCUGGUUACUAAGUCAUGGUACAAAAGUUCUGUAAUAAAGUUUUUGGACAGCAGUGCUCGUGUCACUACAGAGUAUCGUGAUGUCAGUGUCACGAUGACAGCCUUUCAUGGCUUUCUGGUCCAGUUGCUUUGCUGUACAUCCAUGUCUCACUACAUCCAUGCUAUUCCUAUACAGAAGCCUUGUCAGUGUUGGGAGACUCACCCUAUUUCACCACAGCAGUGGUGGAGAUGGCUUUCUGACACAGUUCUGGAAGGCACUGCUUGGACUUGGAGUCAAAGGGUCUCCAUGUGUACACGUGGUAGAAGCUGUGUGCCAGGCACGGCACCCUCUCCUUUGCUUCCCCUUCUCUAGGAUAUGGCCUGAGCCUCUUGGAGGCGCUUGGCUGUGAUUUCUCAGCACCAUCCAUCUGGGAAAUGGCAGUUCCAAACAUUCUGCUCUCUUUGAGGCACACCCUGUGUCUCCUUGCUGCUUUGCUUCAGGGCUCCUUGUCCCCUCUCUGAAUUGUUUUUCCGCAGGGAAAAACUGCCUUUGUCUUGUGGCUCAGCUCCCUCAUGUACACAUAAGGAUACUUAAGGAUUGUGGGUGGGUUUUUUAUUAUUUUUUUUUCCAGUAGAAAUACUUCUGAAGGCACUGUACGAUGUGCCUUGCAAGAUAGUGGAGUACUGUUGCAUUAUACUCCUCGUUCCUCGCUAGGUGGUUUGGAAAACUAAGACUAGGAUGUGGAGGGGGAGGAAUGCAGAGAAGAAACACCAUCACUUGGGCUGGCUUCCUGUUGGCUGUGGCACAAAGGCCGACAGCCCACAGCCCCAUGGCUGGCACAGGGCCCAAACACCAGGAAAUCCCUCGUGGCUGCCAUUCUCUGUGCUUCUGAGGGAUACCGUGCUGAUUUCUACAGUGCCAGCCCCACGCUGUGAGCCCCGUGUGAUGAAGCUCACAUCUCUGCUGUGCCUGGAUGCACCCAGCGUGCUGCUAUCACAACUGCAUCCUUGGAGAUCGAUUGCUGGGAUUUGUGUUUGCACCAAAAUAUUCCUGCUGUAUCCCAGCUCCUUUUUUAGGCACUUUACACCCUGGUUUCACACCACCAAAGCUGGAUGACCAAACCCACACCUGCUGAGUAACUGACAACAGUGUAACCCCAAAGGACAAUGCAGAGGCUCUGCCCUGGAGCGAGCAGGUGAGAGCAAAAGGGAGGAGAACCAUUUGGAUGUAUGUACCUCAGCAACCAGGGGAGGUCAGGGCUGGGUCCUUUGCAGAGAUGCUUAACAAAAACAAAGUUAUGUUUGAGCACUCCAUUAUGCAUCAUAACGUACCACUGCUAUCUGAGUUUGCUCCCACAGCGGCAGUCACGUGAAGGCAGACACAGGAGAAUGCCAACCACUGCUUAGCUUUUGGGCCCACCUCACACAACCAGUGCCACCAGGUGCCUCCAAAUUCCAGGCAGGAAGGAGCCUCACUGCCCUGCAAGGAUGUUGUGUGCAGAAAGCGAGGCCAGGUUUUCAAGAAGCAGCACAGCCAUCCAUACGGUCAGGCCCUGCUGGUUCCCAACACCCAGGUGCUUUCCUUGCACUGACCCUUCACAGCAGCCAAAGCUCCACCAGCAGGCACCAAAUCUCUCUUGUCCUUUCUUUCUGCCCUGUAGGAUCCAUCUCACCCCAAGGCACCCACCCAUUCACCUCCCAGUGAGCCAGGCUGACUGCUCCAAGGUCAGCAAUAAGGAGGAAGGUGAUCCAGCUCAUUCCCUCCAGCUGUACUGAUAAACACAUCCUCACCGUUCUGCUGGAGCAAAGCUUCUGCCACACAGGGAGCUGCUGCCAGCAGACCCAGUAUGGACCAGCCACACGCAGGCACUCCUCAGGCUUUUGCACAGCUGCACCACUUCACACCUGCAGCAGAUUAAAUGGCAUCCAGCCUUGGCUCAAAAUAAGGGGAUCCAGCAGCAUCAUGCCUGCUGGAAAUGGGCAAGGCAGCAGCAAGGAACCAGAAUCAAGCAGGGUCCGAAGCAGCAGCCAAGUGCUCCUGCUGGCUUCUGCAAUGACCCAAGACAAAUGCACACACCUCUGGUUUUCAACACUAAAUGCUUAGAGAAAGUAAAGGCACAUUUUUGUCUGAUGCUCUGAAACCUCCACUAAACCAUCUGCAAUGUCAAUGAAACCUCCUUUACUGUGGUCUGAGUGCAGUGCCUAAAGAACGAGGAUCUACCACGGCAACACCAGCUAUCACUUCAUCUGCACACACCCUGCAGCUGUGCCCUCCAGCACUCAGGAGGCAAGAAGACGUUUCCAUCCUGGCAGCAGUUCUUGCUGUGCCUGACAGCCAAAGGUAGAUCACUGCAGGACUCCAAACCUCUCUGUUUCCUGCAAUAACCUCUUUGCUCUUCAGGGCCCACUGAUCUGAGCUCACUUCUUUGACCUGUGCGAUCACCUCCUUUCUAACCAACAGUUUUCACUGUGAUCUGAGAGGAGCAAGAACGGAAGGCUCUCCAGCUGUCUCAUGACAAAGAGAUUCCCACUCCCCACCUGCCCACGGGGCUGAACAAGUUGGAGAGCAGAGUGACACCCAGGCCAUCCCACCCUGCUCCAGCUUUAAUUUUGUACAGAAAUUAAGACACACUGAUACAUUCAUCCAUCUGUGUUUCCAUGCAAGUUGUUGCUUCCUGAAACGAGGCCGUUAUUUCAGUUCAACUAACCAAGCUGCUAUGAAAAUACUGCUCUGCUGUGCAGCCCUCAUUUAGCAUGUCCCCUUGGCUUUGGCACUGCUGUCAGGAGCAUCUUUUGACAGCACUACAAAGCACAUCAAAGAGCUUUCCUUUUCACUCAGCAUGAAAUGAGCUGGGCUAGCAGGAGCUCUGUACUCUUUACACUCAUGUAUUGCUCUUGAAGGUGCCGAGUUGUUUUUUCCAGUCCUUAUGAUUUCCCCUCCAGGUCACUGACUGUUAAUUGCUAUUUUACAAUGUCAUGCACUUGGGGAAUUGAAUGCUCCCUCUCAGAUACCUUGUUGGCUGGUUGCUCCCUGUUCAGGACAUGCCCAGAAACAAACUUCUAUAGGAGAACCUAUGAGCUCACCAUCCACCCUUGCUGUAUAAGUGAUCACCAUACACUGCACUCAGACUCUAUGCUGUGGUGCCUGAAAGUGGCUCAUGAGCUCAGGCACUGGAUGCAGUGUUGCCUCCCAGGAGGAGCAAUAGAAAAUACAGCUCCCUGAAGAAUCAAUGAGCAGAGCCAGGCGCAGCACGCCCUCCUCUUUGAUCCUCCGUCCUUGCUCAAGAAAUCUGCUGCAGUUGCUGUGCCAGAGGAGUAGGGUUUUUCCUGUGAGAUCCCCAGCAGGAAGCAAAGCAAAGGGCAUUGCCUUGAGUGUCGGCGGGUGGAGGAGUGAACCAAGUUCUACAAAGGCAUGAGUCAGAGUUUUCCCAGCUCCUGAAAGCUAACACACAGAGAAAAAUAACAGUGAAUGCUGCACAGCAAGCUAAAAGCCAAACCAGGCUCCACAACUCCCGUCUGGGACAAAAUGCACCCUUCCCAGAAGCACAGAGAGAGGAAGGUGAGGAAGAGGGGUGUCCAUAUUGACACUGGGCUGAGUAGGCGUGGUGUUUCUCUGGGCCAUAGGGACCAUGCAGGGCCUUUUGGUCAUAUAAGGGUCCAGCACCUCUCUUGUUUCCCAGAAUUAGCAGCUUUUGCAAGUGCUGAGCUCACAAAGGAAUUGCCAAGAAUAUCCACAGAGUGGAUCUUUGUGUCCC